AUGAUACGACAUCAAAUUGUUUACGACGAUGAGUUAAAGAGAGACUUCAAAGAGUAUACUGAAAAAGUGAGAGAAUUAAAAGGUCUAUCAAAUGAGACACAGUUAGAGCUUUAUGGGCUGUACAAGCAAGCAACAUGUGGAUCAUGUAACAUCACUAAACCUGGCUACUUUGACUUUAAAGGGCAAGCUAAGUAUGACGCUUGGAAUAGUUUAGGUGACCUUUCUGAAUCUGACUCUAUGCUGAUGUACAUUGAUCUUUUCAACAGUUUGGACGAAGACGAUCUUAAUAAUAAAGAACAAGAUGAGGGUAUAGUUAAAAUGAGCACCUUGUACGAUCCCAAGGCAGACGAAGCUGACAGUGAUAAAGAUAUAUGGCAUGCUUGCAGACAUGGAAAUGUUGCUAAAGUCAAGGAGCUACUUACUCCGGAUAUAAUACAGACAGUUGAUAAGGAGGGACGGUCUUUACUACACUGGACCGUUGAUAGAAACCAUCUGGAGUUAACCCAGUGGUUGCUAAGCCAAGGGUGUGUAGCAGAUGUGCGGGACAGUGAAGGGAGCACGGCGUUGCACUAUGCUGUGACGUGUGAAUAUCUUCCCUUAGUGAAACUGCUUCUAGAACAUGGAGCAUCACCAGCAGUCAAAGACGAGGAUGGGUGCUCGCCACUCGAGGUAUGCGAGUCAGAGCAAAUAAGAGACUUCCUCAUAAAGCAUGUCACGUGACAUAGUCAUUAGAAUCAGGACAUAACUUGGCAACUAUCCCUGCUUGGGCUGGAUCUAAUGGUUGGUUUCUUGUCUGAGGAUAUGUUGAGGUCCGGACCUAUCUACAUUUAAACCUAUUGACUCUUGGGGACUUUAGUCCGGUUUGUAUUAGGAUUCGAGCAAUAAUCUGAAAUAGGGAUGAGACUUAGGGAGUCAGUAGACAUCAUGUUGUUUGGUCUUGAGUAUGGGAUGUCCUACAGUUUUGAUACUUGAUAUUUAUUUGUUGUGAAUAGUGUCCUCGAUUGAGUUCAUCUUGGUGCCGUUUAUAACAGCGUUUUUAUUUUCAAUAGACCACUUUCAGAGGAUCGUUUAAUAAAUGUAUAGAAACUAAUUUUGAAUCAAUUUUUAUGAGA